CGCCACCUCUAUAUCGCUCCUCCGUUCCGUUUGUCCAGCCGCCAUGUCCCAGCGCCCGACGCACUGCAGCCAGUGAGCAGCCGCCAAAAGAAAGAAGUCCGCCCGCAGUUACGGGAGUAGCAGCGCGAGGAGUCCGGAUCCGAUACGCUUUCGACUCCGAUUCAGAAUCCGGUAGCCAGUUGCCGCAACAGGUUGCGCCGCCGCCUCCUCCUUCUCCAGCAUCAGCCGUGCAUUUCAAUACCGUCGAGUGAUAUAGGAACGGAGAACAGGAGGGGAAGCCAGCGCCAGGAUGCAGCAGCGCCGGGGCAACGGAGUGCGCCAGGAGGAGCCCCAAAACCUUGAGCCCAAGGAUCAUACAGCAAAGGCAAUGGAAAAGGCACCGCGACGCGGUUGCUACUUCUCGCUGGCCUUCUCCAUCGGUUCGAUGGGCCUGGCCUGCGGCAGCCUGUGGCAGAUCCCGAACAGCAGCGACCGCAUCUCGCUGCAGCGGGGGCUGGUGCUCACCUCGCUGGGAUUCAUCUACUUCGUCUCGCUGACCGACUUCUGCAACAAGUACCUGCUGGAGACUAGCCACGGUCAGCGAUUCCGCCGCAAGUACCGCCUGAUGAUGUCCGACGUCCUGGAGAUCACCAACAAAAUCGUAUCGGCCAUCCAGGCGUCGUUCUCCUUCCUCGUGGGACUCAUCGUCUGCAAGGCGACGUGCACCAAGUCCUUCGUCUACGCCUCGCACUUCCUGAUGGAGGCCUACGGCUGGUUCGGAACGGCCUACUUCAUGUACGACAUCUGGUCGAUGUACAAGGUGCACACCCAGAAGAUCGCCGACAAGCUGCACCUGCUGCGCAUCACCAAGGGUCAGGGGUCAUCCGCAGUGGUCAAUGGUCAUGGCAACGCGAACUCCAAUGCCAAUGCCAACGGAAACGGCAAGGCGAAUGGCCAAUCCUCCAGUGGCAAUAACAACGGCAGCACACCGGGAACUCCUCAUGAGAUCUGCGAUUACGACGGCGCCUGCGUCCAGAUUCCCAAGGACGGACGUUGGGACUUCCUCAAGUACGUCGUCACGCAUCCGGUAAUGAUGAUACACCACGUCUUCAUCGGAACCUUUGGCCUGCUGGUGGUGACGUACAUUCGCGGCGGCGGCCACUGCAUCUACAGCUACAUGUUCAUGAUGGAGUUCUCCACGCCGUUCGUCUCGCUGCGCAGCAUCUUAAGCACCAUGCGGCUGAAGAACUCGCGCGUGUACAUCGCCAACGGACUGCUCAUGCUGGCCACCUUCUUCGUGUGCCGCGUCUGCAUGUGGCCGUACGUGAUGUGGCGCUACAGCCUGGCCAUCGAGGCCGCCUCCAUGUGGGCGGCCAUGUGCGGGUUGCCGCGCGGCUGCCUCGUCAGCAUCGCCAUUCUGUUCUUGCCGCAGCUCUACUGGUUCUAUCUGAUGGUCUUGGGGGCCCUCAAGGUCUUCCUGCCGCAGAAGCGACGACCGCCCAACGCCGCCCUUCCAGGCACAUCAGCGGCCACGACCACCCCCACCGCCCUUAUAAACGGCAAAAACUAGUGCAAAUUGUAACCUGUUUGUUUGUAUCCAUGUAUUUAUUUUGAGGCAGAGUUCCAGCCGCUUCCAUUUUGCGGAGAUCUUGCUAUUGUUUAUACAUUUUUAACGAUUAAUUAUACAACAAGGACCCCUUACCCAGCUAACUAACAGACACAAGGACGGACGGAACCACAUACAGAUAGCGCAAAACCUGAAUCGAUUAAAGGAUCACGAAGCGAACAGGACAGAACAGGGGACAGAACUUUAGUUAUAAAAAGACAUGAUCUACUAAUGAAGAACUAAGAACAAAACUAAAACCAAAUGCAGAUGCAGAUGCAGAUGAAGCGAAUAAACUAUGUACGUUGCUUAUUUUUUGAAGCAAGCCCCUAACCAUAAACGAA